UGUUUGACCAAUCAAAAGCCGUUAUAUUCAGGUAUAACCACUUUAUCGUCAUCACCGCUCUACCAUUUGCCAUACCACCUGCCUUACCAUUCACGGCCUUGUCGCGUGAAAAUCAAUUCCGAACAACUUGUCAAUAAAAAAAAAAAUUAAUCACACCGUCGCCGAACCCUCUGACCGACCGUCAGUUUAUCCUUUCCCAUCCCACGAUUCGGCGAUUUCUAAUCCCAUCCCAUGUGUCUUUUUUCAAUCUAGCUCACUCAUCUCGACGAAGCAACCGCAUCCAUCACAAGCUUCUUUUUACCUUCGUCACCCUUUCAUCCUCGUUCUUGGCGCUAUCGGCGAAAAAGUCCUUAAUCAAUUUAAUUUGCGGGCUUUGACCGAAGAAGAAAAUAAACCAUCGCCAUUAACAUCUAGCGGUGACCGAUAUCUAUUUCCUGUAUCGGCGACGAAAAUAACGACGAUACUUCUCGAUCGUAUCAGCGAAGUCAAAAGAUAAGACAAGCACAAGCGCAGCCAUGGACCGAGGCGAUUCCGUCAUUCUAGACGCCUUACAAGGCAUCCUCCCCGAACAAACCAUCGAGCUCCUACGCGCCCACAUCCAAGACCCGCAAUCAUUACUUCCGGCACUAUACCAGCAGACCGCCUCUUUCGCAUCAAAGAUCACAGCCUUCCUCUCGCCCCUCCUAGCACCUCUCUUCGCGCGUCUCCUACAAGCUCUCCACGAUUCCCCGGAUCUCGUAAUCCUAGGUGUAGUCCUAGCAGCCAUAGUCCUAGCUCUCCAAAUCGUAUCCUGGAUCCAUCGGACCAUGAUGUACGUCACGCGUCUAGCCUUCCGCCUCCUAGGUUGGGCACUAGUCUUCGCCUUAGUAGCUGUGGUCUGGAGACGUGGACCUGAGGCUACGGUGCGGGAUUUGGUGGUUGUGGUUAGUAAGAUCGCGGGGUACGUUGCGGUUGUGAAGGAUAUUUGGUGGGUUGAGUAUCAGAAGUUUGAGGCGCAGACGCGUCAGGGUGGCACGAUGGGAGGAGCUGCGGGUGCGGGUGUGAAUGCUGGGGGUCAGAGGAUGCCGUCGAGUGGGUUUAGGUCGAGGAAUUCGGGGUGGUGAUUACGUUACCUUAAUUCAUUCAUUCUUUGACGACCGUGAUGAUGAGAAGAGGAAGAGAACGAAGAUGUUUUGUUGGACAUGGACAUAUUCACCGGCAUGGGGAUUAGGGUAGUAUCCACGGAUUAUGAUUCUUUGCAAAAAAGGGAUUUUCUUUUGGAAGGGGAUAAGAAAGGGAGCACGGCACGGUACGACACGGCUUGGGACGAAUAAGAGGUCAAUCGUCGUUUAAUGAAUGUCCAUGGGUUUUUCGUUUGGGAAAUGGAUGGAUCAUGACUUAAGGAAAUGUUCUUUUAUAGAGAAUGAAUACCAGAAUGAUGUGCCAAAUUU